AUGUCCCACAUGCUAUCGAUCGGCUAUGGCCGAUAUCCACCGACCAGCAUCACAGAGGCUUGGAUCACGUUAGUAAGCAUGGUGACGGGUGCAACAGGCUACGCACUGUUUGUUGGUCAUGCCGCUGCCCUCAUACAGUCGUUCGACUGUUCCAAACGGCUAUACAGAGAGAAGUUUAAACAAGUGGAUGAAUAUAUGGCAUUUCGGAAGCUACCUCGGGCUCUAAGACAAAGGAUUGCUAGCUACUAUGAACACCGAUACCAGGGGAAAAUGUUUAAUGAAAACGAGAUAUUGAAUGAAUUAUCGGAAUGCCUGAAAGAACAAAUUAUCAACUACAACUGCCGUGCACUGGUGGCUGCCGUUCCGUUUUUCACAUUUGCGGACCAGAACUUUGUAUCUGAAGUCAUUAUCAAGCUACGGUACGAAGUAUUCCAACCUGGCGAUCUGAUCAUCAAAGAAGGGACAAUCGGAUCCAAAAUGUACUUCAUUCAGGAGGGGAUUGUAGACAUUGUAACAAGAGACGGAGAGAUUGCAACAAGUCUCUCAGAUGGAUCAUACUUUGGAGAAAUCUGUCUUCUUACGAAUGCCCGCCGAGUGGCCAGCGUACGAGCAGAGACCUAUUGUAAUGUUUAUUCUCUGGAUCGCGCCAGUUUCCUCGAAGUUUUGGACAACUACCCCCUUAUGCGACGCACUAUGGAAUCAGUGGCAGCCGAAAGACUCAAUAAAAUCGGUCGGGAUCCACUCGUGGUGAGCAAGCGGAAAGACCUAUAUGACGAUCUGAAGUUGGUCAAUGAGAUUGUAAACCAGACAAUUGCGGAGGCUAGUGACACUGAAGCGGAAGCUCCUGCCUGUGACGCGAAAAGACAUCACCGUAAAUUCCGUGCUCGACUCCGAAAAUCACAGCACUGCCGUCUUUCAUACAAGAGGCCGCGAUUGUUUUCGGUAAGACGUAAAUCCGUUCUACGUUCGAUCAAGCGAGCAAUUCAACAUUUCCAGCCUAAAGUUCAACAACCGGAGUUGUACAAUUCUGCCUCGCCAAAACGUUCCCCUGAAAAGAAAGAUAUUGAGAGUAGCGAUGCUGUACCAGAAGACACAUUAACCCCUAGCUCGGAGAGUUCACCCCAGGUUGCUGCCUUGAUUAAACUGAAGUGGAUUCCAACGGAGAUUGUCUUUAACAAUGAGAUAAUAAACAAAGCGACCAAUAUACCCAUCCAAAUAGUUGGACAAACCAAUUUUGGCUUGGAGAGUCGAACCUAUUGUUCAGACCCCUGGUCAUAA